AUGUCCUGUGGAGAUCUGGAAACUAAUGCUGCUCUGCAAAGCAUUGCCAAGAAGCUGAAGGACAUGGAGGCAGAGCACAAUGGCUGCGCCAAGGUGCUGAGGCUCCAGGCCAACUCUCUGGAAAUCAAGAACAAACGGCAGGAGAGGCUCCUCAAAGAACUGGAGGCAGCUGCAGUGAAAAUAAAGGAACUGGAGGAUGAUGCUGCAGCAGCAAGACUAGCACAUGUAGAAUGUAAAUACACAACAGAUGUCAUGCAGUUGAGAAUUCAAGAACUCGAAGACAUUUUGAAUGAAGAUCAGCUCGGCAGAAGACAAGCUUUGCCAGAAGGGGUAGCAAGGGACGAUUUCAGAGAGCCAGUAAAUGCUCUUGAGACAGGAAAAAAAGCUUCACCAAGACAGCAUAUAACCUACGGUAUGGAAUGGAAAGACAAGGUUGAGGCCAUGAGGAGAGCUCAAGAUCCCAAUGCCACAAUAGCGGUUCCUCCAGACAGCUUCAGCCUGCAUGAAGGCUCAAUAAGGGAGAUGUCCAUCCUCCUGAACUUAUACCAGACCCUGGCAAACGCCCAGGUGCUUUCCAGACAGACAAACGUCCCCCUGGAAGAAUUACCUUGGACAGAGCUUUGUGCGCUCUUGCAUGAGAAUGUUGAAGCCCUGGUCUCGAACUUCAACAAUGCUAAGCAGAGGAUAUCUCACCUAGAAUAUAUGUGCAAGCACAAGACUGAAACUAUGAACAACCUUCAGCAGAACCAGGAGGAUGCUUUGGAGAAAACGUCUGAACAGUUAAAAGCACAGGAACACUGGUCGCAGAAAGAAAAGCAAUAUCUUGAACAGCAGUACUCAAACGCCCUUGCAGAAAUUCAUGCAAGAUCACAGGAAUGUGAAGAAACGGUGCAGAAAAACAGGCAAAAACUCUAUGGCCUUGAACAACUCUCUGACAAACUGGCCCAGGAAAACAAUACCUUGAAAAAUUCAUUAUUAGAUGCUUUCAAGUCACGCUCAUUCCUGCUGGCAGCCUCUGCACUGCUAUCAGGGGCCCUGUGCUCUCUCUACGGCCGACUGUGCGCCAUGUCUUGCCAAAGAGACAUUCUCCAGGAACAGGUGAACCAGCAACAACUAUUGAACCACAAGAUCGUCAGCCUCCUUUAUGCUCUCCCUGCUGUCAUGGAAAGAAACCAGGACGAAGUCAGGACAAGGCAAAGAAGAGCCAAGAACCUGACUUAUGUUUUCCGAAGAGCUGUGAUUGUAGCUCUGGCUGCCAACAGGCUGAGGGGUCUGGCCCGAUAUUCUUGUACCUUUUUUGUCUGGUCAGACGGAUGCAGAGGAAGCCCUGGAAUUCAAGUUUGUCUGGGAGAAUCCAGAGGCAGGCAUCCUGUGACACGUUUUGGAGAGGAAGGAGUUGACUGUAUUGAAGCAAUUAACUGGUUGUGUAGCUCUAACCUCUAUACUGCAAUGAUCAAUUCUAUCUCAGAUCUGGAGGGUGUUCUCAACAACCAAGAUUCAGAGCUGUGGCUUUCUAGUAACUCGCUGAUCGGCACAGCCAGGAACUGCUUUGCAAAACUGAUGGACAACCUGAGCGUUCUGAUGGAGACAGUUCAAGGGAACACUCGUGGGUGCAGAGCCUUCCUGGAGAGGGACUCCCUGAUAGACAGGCUGGCUCGUGGGCUCCGCAGACUAAAUGCCCAGGCCCUGGAAGCUGGAUUGCAUGACAGACUGCCCAGCACAAGAAACAUAGCAACUUUGCAGCAAGAAAUAUUUGAAUUUUCACGAAGGCUUCAUGCAGCAGAAGUAGAGUCCCGCUCACUGUACCUGCAGCUUCAAGAAUGCAGAUGGGCUUUCAACAAGAUGCAAAAGGAUGCUGAAAAAACCCACAGACUGCAGACCCAAUUAAGUGAAGUUCAGCAAAGGAGGAAUGAGAGCGAGCAGGCCGUGGCCUAUGCUUUUUAUGGCGCGUUGGAGUGA